UUUUAAAGCAUCAUUGUUUCGUGUGUUUACAGCAUGUUUGAUGUUGGUGGACAACGUGAUGAACGUAGGAAAUGGAUCCAGUGUUUCAAUGAUGUCACGGCUAUCAUCUUCGUCACAGCCAGUAGUAGCUAUAACAUGGUGCUACGGGAAGAUGCCAGUCAGAACCGACUCAAGGAAUCUCUAGAACUCUUUAAGAGUAUCUGGAACAACAGAUGGUUACGAACAAUAUCGGUGAUACUCUUCUUGAACAAACAAGAUUUACUAGCAGAAAAAAUUAAAGCAGGAAAGUCGAAACUGGAAGACUAUUUUUCGGAAUUUGUGCAAUAUCAGACUCCUCUUGAUGCUGUCGUGGAGCCUGGAGAGGUCAGUGAAGUCGUGCGCGCCAAAUACUUCAUUCGAGAUGAAUUUCUGCGGAUCAGUACAGCCAGUGGUGACGGAAAGCAUUACUGCUACCCACAUUUCACCUGUGCUGUGGACACGGAGAACAUCAGACGUGUCUUUAACGACUGUAGGGAUAUCAUUCAGAGGAUGCAUCUUCGCCAGUAUGAGCUCUUGUGAUGGUUACUAGCUAUCUGUAGUACAGGGGCAAGUGUGGAUGCUGCUGGACUCUCAUCAUGUGACAUCACCCACUGGCUCAAUCUCCCAGUUUUGAUACCAGUAUGUUACCUGUAUUUUUGUGGUUGUAUCAGGGCUGGGGGCAGGAACCUCAAGUCCUGUCCCAGCCCCCAUUUUUUCUCCCUCCGUCUCUUUGUUUCCUUUUUUGGCAGCAUCCAAACUUUAGGCUCGCAUGACCUUGGGGCUUAGGUCACAUUACUUUGAAUGACAAAAAAAUGGACUCAGAACGCACAGAAGGAUUGUGAAGCCUGUACUUCUAGCUUUGGUAACCAGGUCGUAUACCUGCUAGACCCGCACAGUCAUGGAAAGCAGCUUGGUUGUUAUUGGCUGCCCUGAGGAAGACAGUUCACUCCAUAAAGGGUGUGGUUUGCUGAUGCCAGGUGGGUCGGCAGCUAGUUGUUGUCAGAUAUAUGUGUAACAUCUUGUCCUCUUGUAUUUUCUUGUUGUUUUAUAACAUUAAGUUAAUGACUCUAGUCUUAUUCAAGGAAACCAGAGAGCAAAGUCUGGGAACUGUGUAGCAAAAUCUCUUUCUGGGAUAUCCAAGAAAACCAGAAGGAAAUGUGUAGUAACCCAUUCUUUUUUCUUCUGGAAUAUCGAAGGAAAGCACUGUUUAGGGAAUGAUGAAUUAGCUCUCUGUUCUCUUGGAGUGCUUAUCGUGCUGUAAAUUUUCUGAUCCUGUACGCACUAGACUCUUUGUCCCUGUGUUUGUGAUCUUUGUUUAAAGUUUUAGGUAGCACAUCUGCAUCUGAUCUAAUCAGUAGAAACACAUAUAACAUGUUUUGUUUUUCUUUAAUUUUUCUUUUUUUUUAUGUAAUCUAUUAAUAAGACUUAAAACCAUAACUGGAAUUGUAAUAAGAGUUUUAAGAAAAGUUUAAACAGUUGCAUCACUUAGACUUAUUUAAUUUCCUUCAGCAUGUACGUGUAUACUUCAUUGUUAACCUGAGAUUAUAGUACUUAUGUAAAGUCAGUGUGUGUAUAGUGAACAGAUUGGAACUAACGUUUGAAGACUAACAACAUAAUGACAAGGGUGUUGUUUCAUUGGAUAGCUAGGUAGUUUAGAUACUGUAGAGCCUAAUGCUCUCGUUUUCACUUGUAGUCAAAAAGAUUUCAGGUUUGUAAUGAGCUCUUGGCCAGGUCACUAUGUGGUUUGAAGAAACAGUCCCUAAUGAAAAUUACUAAAACUGAAACUGAUUCUAUUAUACACUUAAAUUAACUUCAUUAUCAAAAAUCAUUUAAACUAAAACACAGGUUAGGAAUGGAGAAAUGAGAUACUGUAAUUUUAAACAUUUACAUAUUAAUCAUGAAGGAAACAAAGAGGUGUUGAGCUUUCUAACAUUGUAUUGAGAGGAAAAUAAUAAUUUUAAACAUAAAUUAGUCUUACCUUUUGUUAAUUCUAUGGUAUAAACAUACCACAAGAGUGGCAUAAAUUAACAUCAUGGGGUAAAAUAUGAUUCAGCAAGUUAGUGUUAACAAGUUAGGACUAAUAUAUCAUAACUGUAGAUGACAACAUAUAAUGAGGGUAGGGUUGGUGCUGUGGAUAAGUUUUUUGUUUUUCCCUAUCUCCUUAGUAAUUGUGGUUGGACGUACGGAAGUGGGCCAGACAUAGUUAUAAUUGAUUAUUCUGGUUUUGUUAGUAUCAUUAGCCAGUACCGAUGUGAAAGAAAAUCAGUAGUACACAUAGUACCCUGAAGUCAGUUAUGCUAAUUUUGAAUUUGUUGUUCUAAUUAUACAAGUUUGGGUAGAAUGUGGUUUCGACAAGUCUGUGAAUAGACUUGUCAGAACAUUAUCUUUUUUUAACGAUACAGAUUUCUGUGUAAUGUCAUUCAUUGCCUAUAUCUGUUGAAUUUGGAUGUUCAAGCUUUUUGCUCUUCCACUUUGAGUUAGGAAUUCAAAAUAUUUUGGUUACAAAUGUUAUGGGCCUGUAUCUCUAAGCCACACUCGAAAUACAUAAGACUGCGUCAGUUGUAAUGGUGUUUAACAAAACAUUAUGACUUCUGAUGGUACUUGCUUCAGAAUUGCAUUAUAAUUUUGAUAAUGAACAAAAUAAACACCAAAUAUUAAACUUUUAUUUUUCAUUUACAUUUCUGGAAUGUAAACUUUACAUCUACUGAAUACUUUUGUUAGGUCUGCAUACUUUACACCUACUGAAUACUUUAAUUAGGUCUGCAUACUUUACAUCUACUGAAUACUUUUAUUAGGUCUGCAUACUUUACAUCUACUGAAUACUUUUAUUAGGUCUGCAUACUUUACACUACUGAAUACUUUUAUUAGGUCUGCAUACUUUACACCUACUGAAUACUUUUAUUAGGUCUGCAUACUUUACAUCUACUGAAUACUUUUAUUAGGUCUGCAUACUUUACAUCUACUGAAUACUUUUAUUAGGUCUGCAUACUUUACAUCUGUUUGUGCUUCAGGCAAAAGGUUUGCUGUUAUGAUUUUAUCUUUGCAGUUUUUAUUUUUUGAAUGUAUGGUUGCUAUACUUUCCAUAAAUUAUCAGAAAAUGGUGAUGGUCAGGUUACAUUGAUGUUCCGAUUACUUUUCAUUCCGUAAACUACCGGAAGACUGAAGGUCUGGUUUACCUUCCAUAAACUACCAGAAGUCACUGAAAUUCUGGUUACUUCACCUUUUGCAAAUUACUAGAAGGCACUGAAGUCUGGUUACUUUAUCUUCCAUGAACUAACAGAAAAUGCUGAUGAUCUGGUUACUGUACAUUCUAUAAACUACAAGAACUCACUGAUGAGCUGGUUACUGUAUAUUCUAUAAACUACAAGAACACAUUGAUGAUCUGGUUACUGUACAUUAUAUAAACUACAAGAACACACUGAUGAUCUGGUUACUGUACCUUCUAUAAACUACAAGAACUCACUGAUGAUCUGGUUACUGUACAUUCUAUAAACUACAAGAACACACUGAUGAUCUGGUUACUGUACAUUCUAUAAA